AUGGUGAAACUUGAUCCUGAGGGUGAAUUCACACGUGGAGUAAUAGUUACUCUGGCGCCUACGCCUGCCCACGCCAAAUCGCAGGGAUUUGUAGACGCAGAAGCAGAACCGUACGAUUAUGUUUGUCGAUAUUUCGCACCAUGGGUAGGAAUCAUGGAAGAUCCAGCCACAGGUUCAGCUCAAUGUGCACUGGGACCUUUUUGGGGAGCGGUACUUCAAAAGCGCAGUCUAUAUGCCUACCAAUCGUAUCCGAAGCGUGGAGCACAAUUUCGAAUUCAUCUACACAAUACCGGUAGGCUGUCGAUCCUGGGCCAAUCCGUCACAGUUCUACAAGGUCAAAUCCAUUUAAACGAAGCAGUAUUCUACUAG